GAGUGUGUGAAUGUGUGUGUGUGUGGUGUUGGAGCUCGGACGACAUGAGCUGCACAUGAAGCCGCGUAAAAUGUUUUAAGACGUUUUCUGCUCCAUCCCGUCGAGGACGCGCCUGAAGCGGAGCUGCCACAUCACGGUGUAACACUGUCUCAAGCUGAGGGGCCGGAAUGCCGGAGCAGAGCAACGACUAUCGGGUGGUGGUGUUCGGGGCUGGAGGAGUGGGCAAGAGCUCCCUGGUUCUGCGCUUUGUUAAAGGCACCUUCAGGGACACCUACAUCCCCACGGUGGAGGACACCUACCGACAGGUGAUCAGUUGCGACAAGAGCGUGUGCACGCUGCAGAUCACAGACACAACAGGCAGCCAUCAGUUCCCGGCCAUGCAGCGUCUGUCCAUCUCCAAGGGCCACGCCUUCAUCCUGGUCUACUCCAUCACAAGCAAGCAGUCCCUGGAGGAGCUCAAGCCCAUCUACCAACAGAUUCUUGCCAUAAAAGGCAACGUGGAGUCCAUCCCUAUCAUGCUCGUGGGAAACAAAAGUGAUGAAACCCAUCGGGAGGUGGAGACCAAGGACGGGGAGGCCCAGGCCAACCACUGGAAGUGCGCCUUCAUGGAGACGUCUGCCAAAACCAACCACAACGUCACGGAGCUCUUCCAGGAGCUUCUCAACCUGGACAAGAAGAGGAACAUGAGUCUGAACAUCGACGGCAAGCGCUCCGGAAAGCAGUCCCGUGCCGAGAGACUGAAGGGCAAAUGCAGCGUGAUGUAGAUCCCAA